AAAAAAAAAAAAAUCAUGAAUAAAGAUAAUAACGUUGCUCAAGGAAAUGUUCCAGUAACUUUACCAGCUGAUUGUAUAUAUGAGAUUAUUCAAUAUUUUGUUCAUGAUAUGAAAACUUUACAUUCAUGUAUUGCUUUAAAUCAAACUUUCUGCCAAAUCUCUAUCCGGAUACUUUGGAGUAAUCCAUUUAAGUACGUUCAAGAUGAAGUCAAAAGGAGUCUUAUCUUUCAAACAUAUUUUUCUUGCCUUGAUGAUAAAGAGAAAGAACAAAUAACACCUUUUCUUAAAAAGUCUGUUUCGUAUUUUCCAAAACCUUUUAUUAAUUACCCAAGUUUCCUUCAAGAAUUUGAAAUAAAUGAUAUACAAGCAUCAAUGAGGGUUUUUCUUCGCCAAUACUAUUCAGCUACACCUACAGAGAACAGAAUUAAUAGUAUUGUUCGUAUUCUUAAUCCUUUUAUUGAAAAGUUGUUAUUCAAUGACCAAAGUAAUUUCAAGUAUGUAAAUGUUGAUUUGAAUGAUCAUCAAAUAAGCGUUGAAAGAAAUCAAAUAGACAUGAGUUCAUUUAAUAAUGAGGUUCUUGAGCAAGUUCUUUCAAAUAUCAAAAAAUUCUCUUUUGGAUUUAAUUUUAAAUUUGAUACUAAGAAGAUGGAAUUUUUAAAAUUUGUUCAAAGGAAUGCGUCAAUACUCGCUAACAUAAUCUCUAAUCACAACAAAGAUAUUCAACAUGUUAGGUUCUCAUUCACAGUAUUACAUACUAGAGAACAUAGGAAUGGAACGAAAAAGUUAAUAAAGAUUAGAACAGAAUAUGAUAAAUUAUUAGAAAUUUUGAAAACUUUUAUUCUUUCAUUAAAUAAUUUGAAAUCAUUAGAAACUCAUUGUUUUUCAAAAAACGUUGAUUUUGCAAAUUUAUUUAUAAAGCAUUCACACUCUUUGGUUUAUUUAAAAUUACAUGACAUAUUUAGUUGUUCUACUGUUCUUAA